AUGGUGGCAGACAAUGUGGGAUGGGAUGCACUUGCGGACGAGAUUCAUGUGCCUGAUGCAGGACCAGCAAACAAAAUUGAUGAGGCCAAUGGAGUUGAUAUGACAGCUUGGAUUCAGGCUUUACAAGAUCAGGCUGCCAGUCCAAACAGAAACAAAUCUGACAAAGAGGAUAUAAGACCUUUCAACUGGCAAAACUUCCUUGCACCUCCUGAUGAUGACGACCACGACAGCAUCAACAGUGAAGAUGAUGAUGAGGAGAUAGAGGAGAUACCUCUCGCUUUGGAAAAUGAUGAUUAUGAAGAAGUAAACAAAUGGUAUCCUUUUGAAAAGAAAGAGGUAAUUAACUUGCUUUGA